GACGUUGUUCAGCAGUUUACCAAAAAAGGGUUAAAAUAAACAAAUAAUCCAACACAAUAUCUACGAUCCAUGUCACACUUGGCUAAUCGAUCUAAUAAUACUACUAAAAACUUAUCUAUACACUAGAUAAAUCAAAUCAUUCUUUGAUCUAUUGCUAAUCUGCAGGAAAACCACAAGAUACUCAAGUUAAAGAAGCAUCGGCUGAAUAUUGGAACAUGAUGAGUGCUGCUGAAAACAAAAUAUCACCAAUUGCUGAAAAUUGUGAGAAUACAAUUACUUGUGAAGAAAAAGAAGAAGAAAAACCAUUAAUAUCAAAAGUUGGUAAAUUUAAUUUAUCACUUUAUGAUGGUACCUUUACAUUGAAAGCACAAGGAAUUGAUGAAACUUUAUAUUUCGUCGCCCCAUAUAACAUUGAAUGUGACAAAGAAUUGAUGGAAAAUUCACUAGAUCUAGAUGGCAAUCAUUUUAAAGACGAAUUUAAACUUGGUGAAUUUAAUUUAUCAGUUGAUAAUGAUAAAUUAACAUUAAAAAUACCAGGAAGCCUUAAAAGUUUUAUUUUCGAUCACAAACUUGACAUUACUGAAGAAUCGGCUGAAAAUUUACAGAACGAAAUUUCAGCUGACUAUUUAACUCCAAGAGAAACUAGUAGUUGUUUUCCACAAGAUAAUCAUUUUAUAAUAUCGUCUUAUGAUACUAAAAUCACAAUGAAAACAGAAGAAGGUGAAAUAAUUGAAUUUCCCGAUCAUCCUGAUAAGAAGGAUGAAUAUUCACGCAAAGAAAUAAAUUUAAAUGGUCCAGAAUAUAUCCACGAAAAUCAAAUAGGAGUAAAAACAAAAGAAAAUGAUAAAACAUUUGUUUUGAAGCACACGGUUAACAUUAAAGUUAAUGAUGAAAAACCAGCUGAAAAUAUAAAGAAUGCUGUUGAAAAAUUUGAAAUAAUUAUUACGUGCGGCGAUGGAACACUAAAAACACAUGAAAAUGAUGAAAGUUUCGAUUUCAAAAUUUCAUUUCGCUUGGAGGCUGACAUGAAUAAUGAAGCUGCUACUGUUGGCUCGAUUUUAUCAUAUUCCAAUCUUAAUGUUUCAGCAAAAUAAUAAAUAACAAAUAUAUAAUUAUAUAAUAUAUUAAAUAAUAUAUAAUAUAAAUAUAAUAAAAAAUAAAAUACAAAUGUUAUAAACUAUUAUUAAAACAAUUUCAACAUGCGCAACAUUAAUAAUAUUAUUUUACAGUGUCGAUUUCGAAAAUUCAC